CUUGAGUUCUAAGUUUUUUCUGUUUUCAUACAUUAAUUUUCUGUGACUUGCUGAAGAAAAAACACCAGAGUUAUUCAUAAACUAUGUUAUUAUUCAAGGGGACCCUUCAACUGUUAGCAGGAAUGUCAGAGAGAGGUUUAUUGGUUCAAUAUUAUAAUUAUUAUUAUUCUGCUAUAUACAAACAAACAAGUUUCCCUUUUUCUUUUCCUACUGGCUUUGUGUUGUGUGUUCUCUCUGACUCAUUGCCCCUCCUCACACAUUUUAUAUGUGACUUCUCUGUCUUUACAUGCCUUGUUGCUUCUCAUCCACUUUGAGCUUUGUCUUUGUUUGUUGUGUCCCUUUGGAGAAGAACCCCCCCAUUAGUUGUGCUCCAAUUGACCACAACCCUUUUCCCUGGACUUGUGUCUGUGUCCUCUUUUGUUUGUCCUUUUGUCACUCUCAGAAUAUCAAGUCUCAUUGCAUCUUCAUCUCCAUCUUCCUCUUCCAUGUCUCUCCUUUGCUUGGAUUUUCUUUCAUGUAGCUUCCCAUUAGACCCCCUUGGUUUGUGUUGAGUUUCAGUUAUACUUGUUUGUUUUGAGUUAUUAAUUAUGGAAGCUUGCUGCAAUCUUGAAGUGGAUGUAAAUGGAGAAGAGACCUUCAUGGUGGACAAGCUACUAGCCAACUCUCAGUAACUAUGAGGUGGGGUAACUGAUGCCUGUCCAUCCCUGCAGUGAGAGGAUUAUUACUCAGUACUCAAACAAAUUGGCUAAAUUAUUUGGAAAAUCUGGUGAUGCUACUGGAAAGCUUAAAGUCAUUUUCCAUGAUUUUCCAGGAGGCGCAGAAGGUUUUGAGCUUAUGUUAAGAUUCUGUUAUAACAAUGGCACAGCUGAUAUAAGUCCUUCCAAUUUGUUACUCUCACAUUGUGCUGCUGAGUAUAUGGAAAUGAAUGAAUCUGUUGCUGGUGUUUCUAACUUGUUGAAGCAAACAGAGAAAUCACUCCAAGAGAUUAACUAUUGGUCAUGGUCAGAACUUUUGAUUGCUUUGAAGCAGUGCCAGGAUUCAAUAGAUGCAGAUUGUUCUGUGAUGUUAGAGAGAUGCUUGGAUACUGUAGUGGGGAGGCUGGUUUUGGCCAGUGAAGCAAGCCCCUCUCCAUCAACUUGUUCUACCGAUAGUUUCGGGGUUCGGUAUUCGUGUGAUUCUAAAAGUACCGAGAGCAUAAAGACAAGUUUCUCGCGUUCAACAUGGUUCGAUGAUCUCCUGUUUUUGAAUCCCUUGUUGGUUGCAAUGUUGGUGAAGUCAAUGUUUUCACAUAAGUUGGACCAUGUUGUCAUCAGCAAGUUUCUUCUCUAUUAUCAGAAGGCAAAAUUAUUUACUGCUAGUGCGGAAGAGAAGUGUGAGAUCAUUGAAAUGGUCAUUGAUAUGCAUUAUUACAUGGACCAGAGCUCUAUUUCCUGCAAGACAUUGUUCGGGAUUCUUCGUGUUACUUUGAGUUUGAGCAUAAGCAAAAGUAGCAGGAACAAGUUGGAGAAUAUGAUUGGUUCCCACUUGGACCAAGCAACCUUGGACAAUUUGCUUAUUCCAUCUCCCAAUGGAAUAAGCUACUUAUAUGAUGUGAACCUUGUUCUGAGAUUUUUGAAAGCAUUCCUGCGUCAAGGAAAUAGCCUACCCACUCCCAUUCAGAUGAGGAAAGUUGCUAGGUUGAUUGAUUUGUAUUUAGCAGAAAUAGCCCCUGAUCCUUGUUUAAAAGCUUCAAAGUUCCUGGCUCUUGUCACAGCACUUCCAGAUUCUGCCAGAGAUUCUUAUGAUGAACUUUACCAUGCAAUGGACAUGUAUCUUGAGGUACACAGUCAAUUAUCACAAGAAGAAAGGGUGAAGAUAUGCUGUAGUUUAAAUUAUGAGAAGCUUUCAUCUCAAGCUUGCCUGCACCUUUCUCAGAACACAAAAUUUCCUUCAAAAUCUGCAGUUCAAGCUUUAAGCUCUCAACAAUCUAAGCUGAAAAACUUGCUACAAGUUACUCCUGGUUCAACUCCAUACAACGAUUCUCCGUGCAAUUCCAAGGGGGUUGCUCAGAAGGGAAAGAAAGAUAAAACCAGUGAACAGCUUGUGUUGUAUGCUGACAAUCAUGAUCUUUCAGCUGAUAAUGAGAAACUCAGAGCACAUUUGCAAGGAAUGCAGUGGAGGGUUAUGGAAUUGGAGAAAAUCUGUAGGAAAAUGCAAGUCCAGAUGACAAAGAUGACUAAAUCGAAAGUAUCAGGCAAUAGUUAUGCAAAAUCUUUGCCCAAGCUAUGCUCAUGAGUCUCUUAUUUUUGGAUUGUAUUUAUUCUGCUUGAAAUUUUUACAUCUGUACAGCACAGGAAUCAGUUUUGUGUGUUGUAGUUCUUCCUCUUUCCUGCUUAGCUGAGGUUCAUUGUGUAAGAACUGUGAUAUUGAUUGUACAGUCACUGAAUAAUGAAAGAGAUUGCAACUCCUUUUCCCCCUUGUUAG